UGAUCAUCAACGCGCUGCCGUUCACGUGACUCUCCUGCCGAAUGACGGAAGUAGGAAUGCGGUGUAGUAGCCUUUCAACAAUGGCCUUCACCUCGGUUUUAUUAUUUAUCUGCUCGAUUUAUAGCUGUUAUGCUCAAGUGCCUCUGCUCAUGUGGACCAGUGAUGGGUCCAACAUGCCACACCUGGCCCAACCAGCAGCUGGUCAGACAGUGUCUGGUGGGCAGCUGGCGUCUUAUCUGAAAUCUGCCUUGUCCGUUGCUCCACACAGUGUGCUGCUCUUCCUGCAGGAUAAGUUAAGUAUGGAAGACUUCACUAUGUACGGUGGAGUGUUUGGCAACAAGCAAAACAGUGCCUUUUUGAAUGUAGAGUCAGCACUUCAGAUGUCCUCCAAUCCCCUGGUGUUGCCAGCCCUGGACUGGUCUGCAUCACAUUCCAUCCUGGAACUCUUCCAGGGAGAGCUGGGUAUCCCAGCAGUCCACAUCGACCUCAGCACCCUGAAGGAAAUCAAGCUGAACACCGCACAGCCUUCACUGCUGGCUGUCCAUCUCCCUUACACUGCUGGGGAUCAGACAAAGGAAUUGCUUUUGAAAAAUGAUGCGAUCAUUGGAGAGGUCCUCGACGUGUUCAAAUCUCAGGAUGUGCCUUACACUGCUGUAUACACCGGUCUGAAGCCCUCUAGAGUCAUUGAGGAGACCCCAGUAAUGGCAGGACGUUCUAUGGGCCGGUCGCUACUUCAGGCACCACCACAGUCAUCUGUGAAACCUCCACUCGUCGUCAACAACACAGCGGGCCAGCCCUGCAUCCUGCUGUGGGCCGACACUCUCCUCGCUCGUUACUCUGGGAACCAGGAUGAUCUGGCAAGAGACAUUUUUAAUGCUUCUGCUGACUUCACGGCUGGUUCAGUUUGCAAUGAAACACUGUCAAGACUCGUCAUUAAUUACCAGAACGUUCUGAAUUUGCGAUCCCUCCAGCUUAUCUUCUCUAUGCGCAAGAUCUUCUUUCCUGUAUCUGCUCGCAACUGGUCGGUGAUGUUGUCAAAAUUGUAAAAAUAUACUUGAUUUUGUACGUGUCAAAAAAGAUGUGGUUGGUAAUCAGGAAUUUAUGGAUCAUCAAUUUAUUUUGAUGUCUUGUAGAAAGUGGUGAAAUUAUUUUCAUCUCUCCCUUAUUACAUUUUUUAUUAUUUGAUUAACUUUGAUAAAGCUUUACAAUAAGGUUCUA